CUCCAGAGCCUCUGCCAAGAUGCUGGUGGUCCUACUGACAGUGGCCUUGCUGGCCCUGAGCUCUGUUCAAAGCUCACAUGCAGCAACCAUCUAUGAAGACUCUCCUUCGCAACUCCCAGAGGAAGAGCAGCAAAGUCAAGGCCCUGCUCAGCCUCUUCAGAAACCCCCCAAACCUUCUGCAUCUGAAGAAGAUGGUAAUGAUGAUGGUGACGAAGAUGAAAACACAACACACAGACCACCACAACAAGGAGAUGACCACCAGAAACCUCACCCUCCUAAACCUGGAAACCAAGAGGGAGGCCCUCAGCAGAAUCGCCCACCUAAACCUGGACACCAACAAGGCCCACCCCAGCAAGAAGGAGAGCAGCAGAAUCGCCCUCCUAAACCUGGAAACCAGCAAGGCCCACCCCAGCAGGAAGGAGAGCAGCAGAAUCGCCCUCCUAAACCUGGAAACCAGCAAGGCCAACCCCAGCAGGAAGUAGAGCAGCAGAAUCGCCCACCUAAACCUGGACACCAACAAGGCCCACCCCAGCAAGAAGCAGAGCAGCAGAAUCGCCCUCCUAAACCUGGAAACCAGCAAGGCCCAUCCCAGCAGGAAGGAGAGCAGCAGAAUCGCCCUCCUAAACCUGGAAACCAGCAAGGCCCACCCCAGCAGGAAGGCCAGCAGCAAAAUCGCCAUCCUAAACCUGGUAACCAACAAGGCCCACCCCAGCAGGAAGACCAUCAGCAGAAUCGCCCUCCUAAACCUGGAAAACAUCAGGGUCCACCCCAGCAGGAAGGACAGCAGCAGAACCGCCCACCUAAACCUGGAAACCAACAAGGCCCACCCCAGCAGGAAGGCCAGCAACAGAAUCGCCCUCCUAAACCUGGAAAUCAACAAGGCCCACCCCAGCAGGGUAGUGAGGAAGAGUCAAGUUCCCUGUAGAUCUUUUAUGUAUAACCAAGAGGUUCCAUGGCAGU